AUGGCGUCUCUCGCAUCGGCAUGCCGUGCCUCUGUGCGCAUGGCCAGCAGCCGUGCCUCUGCUCGUGGCCUUUCGACCUCUGCCCGAUGCCUCGCCGCCCAAAACUUCACCAUGCCCGCCCUGUCGCCGACCAUGACCGAGGGAAACAUUGCCAGCUGGCGCGUCAAGGAAGGCGAGACCUUCAUCGCCGGCGACGUGCUGCUCGAGAUUGAGACGGACAAGGCUACUAUGGAUGUCGAGGCCCAGGAGGACGGCAUCGUGAUGAAGAUCAUGUCCCAGGACGGCAGCAAGGCCGUCCCCGUCGGCACCCGCAUCGCCGUCCUCGCCGAGGCCGGCGACGACGUGUCCGCCCUCGAGAUCCCCGCGGACGAGCAGCAGCAGCCCAACAAGGCGGCGGGCGCCUCCGCCAGCUCGGAGCCGGCCCCGUCAGAGGCAAAGAGCGAGUCCUCCAAGCCUGCCAGCGGCGGCAGUCAGCAGCGAAAGCCCACCACCCAGGGCAACCAGUCAUACGAGCAAAAGUACCCGCUCAUGCCCUCGGUCGAGCAUCUCGUCAAGGCCAACGGCAUCAACGAGGCCGACGUCAGCAAGAUCAAGCCCACUGGCCCCAACGGCCGACUGCUCAAGGGCGACGUGCUCGCCUACCUCGGCUCCAUCAACGCCGAGACGCCCGCUACUAUUUCCUCCCGUUUUGACCAUCUCGCUCACCUCGACCUGAGCAACAUCAAGGUCGCCGAGAGAAAGGCCGCGCCGGCUCCCAAGGCCGAUGUCGCCGCCGCUGCUCCCGUCGAGGAGCUCCCUCUCGAGGUCAACGUCCCCGUCUCUCUGGCCAAGGUUGUGCAGGUCCAGAAGAAGAUCCAGGACACGCUUGGCGUCUUCCUGCCGCUGUCGACCUUUAUCAGCCGCGCCGCUGAAGUCGCCAACGACGAGCUGCCCCGUGCCCGACACGAGCCCACCGUCAGCGAGCUUUUCGAUGCCGUUCUCGGCCUCGACAAGGUCAAGGCUGCCCAGGGAUCUCGUGGCGUCUACCUGCCUCAAGUAUCGGCAAUCCCUGCCGGUGCCACUUAUAAGCCCAAGGGCGCACCUACGCUACCCACCAAGUUUGACAUCAUUGAUGAACUGGCCAGCCGUCCAGUACAGGCACCGCCAUCAGGCAUGGUGACGAUUGAUACCGUGCCUGGCCUGUCGUCGGGUGGCAACGUAUUCACCCUGACCGUGCCCAAGGCCGAAGAGGACAGGGCAUAUGUGUUCUUGCAGCGCUGCAAGUUUAUCCUCGAGGAUGAGCCCGGCAGAUUGGUGCUGUAA